CGUGACCGGCCCGGUGGUGCUCUAGGCCCAAGCACUUUCCACCAAAACAUAGUGGCACUUUCCACCAAAGCUUCCCAAGCGGCGGGGCUGGGGGGCGGGGGGAGCGGUUACCCGGGUGGGGUACCCCCUUUCUUCCAACAAAUGGAAUGAUGCCACGGAGAAGGGCUGAUUUGUAGGAUUUUGAAGAUAGGAGGAAUAGUAGGAGGAAGGGGUUGAGAGGCUGCCUCUGGACAUGCACACACACGCAUGUUCUCCAUCCCCCGCCAGGUCCAGCCUUCAGUGGUGUCCCGUCCAGAAGGGCUGCCCUGAAGCUCUGGCUGCAGCCCUCCAGUCCAGCGGGAGGGCGGCUUCAUCCUUCCUCUCCCUCCCAAAGCCCAACUGCUGUCACUGCAUGCUCUGCCAAGGAGGAGGGAACUGCAGUGACAGCAGGAGUGAGAGUGGGAGGCAGGACCGAGCCGGGACCCAGGUAUGGAGACAGGGUGCAGCCAGCCUAGAGAGGGCAGUCGAGCAGGGUGCCAGCAGUGAGAGUCCAGGGAGAGGAGCAGAAACAGAAAGCGGGCAGAAGACAGGGGCAUUUGUGGGUUGCAGAGCCACCCAGCCAUGUUGGGAGCCAAGCCACACUGGCUACCAGGUUCCCUACACAGUCCAGGGCUGCCCUUGGCUCUGGUGCUUCUGGCCCUAGGGGCCGGGUGGGCCCAGGAGGGGUCAGAGCCCGUCCUGCUGGAGGGGGAGUGCCUGGUGGUCUGUGAGCCUGGCCGAGCUGCUGCAGGGGGGCCCGGGGGAGCAGCCCUGGGAGAGGCGCCCCCUGGGCGAGUGGCAUUUGCUGCGGUCAGAAGCCACCACCAUGAGCCAGCAGGGGAAACCGGCAAUGGCACCACGGGGGCCAUCUACUUUGACCAGGUGCUGGUGAAUGAGGGCGGUGGUUUUGACCGGGCCUCGGGCUCCUUCGUAGCCCCUGUCCGGGGUGUCUACAGCUUCCGGUUCCAUGUGGUGAAGGUGUACAACCGCCAAACCGUCCAGGUGAGCCUGAUGUUGAACACGUGGCCUGUCAUCUCAGCCUUUGCCAAUGACCCAGACGUGACCCGGGAGGCAGCCACCAGCUCUGUGCUACUGCCCUUGGACCCCGGGGACCGAGUGUCUCUGCGCCUGCGUCGGGGGAAUCUACUGGGUGGCUGGAAAUACUCAAGCUUCUCUGGCUUCCUCAUCUUCCCGCUCUGAGGACCCAAGCCUUUCAAGGACAAGAAUCCAGCCCCUGACCACUUUCUUCUACCCUCUCUUGCCCCAGAACCAGUAGAAGCAGGAGAGAGACUCCCUCUGGCUGCCUAUAUCCCACCUCCUUGCAUGGGACCCUGUGCCAAACACCCAAGUUUAAGAAAAGAAUAGAGCUGUGGCAUCUCCAGACCUGGCCUUCCCACUCACCCAUCCCCAGUUACCCUCCCAGCCACCUGCUGCAUCUGUUCCUGCCUGCAGCCCUAGGAUCAGGGCAAGGUUUGGCAAGAAGGGAGAUCUGCACUACUUUGCAGCCUCUGCUCCUCCUGUUCCCCCACCCCAGCUUCCUGCUCAAUGCUGUUUGGGACAGGUGGCACAGGUGAUCCUGACAGGCCCCCACAGGGGCCCAGAUGGACUAGCCUGAGCGUACCCUGCAGGCUUCUUCCUGUGAGGAAUGCCAGCAUCACGGAUCUCAGCCAGCACUAUCAGAAGCUAAACCAGCACCGUAUGGGCUAGGGUGAAAGGCUCUGCUACAGGCAGAAGUGUGGGAAGGGCCUGGAGUCUAUGGCUGGUGAGGAAGGAAGGAGGGUGUAUGACCUAGUCUGAACAUGGUACACAUUCUGCAUGUAUAGCAGAGCAGCCAGCAGGCAGCAAUCCUGGCUGUCCUUCUGUGUUAAAUCCCAGAUAGACUCCGGCCCUUACCUUCCUACCUGAGACUAGGGCGUGUGUGUUUGCUCUGGCUGUGAGCAGAGCUGAGAGUGGGUGUGCAGAGCUGGAGGUGGACCAUGGAAAACAUCAUUAACCAUGCAUCCUCUGGUUUGGCCACCUCCUGAAACUGCUCCACCUUUGAAGUUUGAACUUCAGUCACUCCACACUCUGACUGCCGCCUCCUUCCUCCCAGCUCUCUCACUAAGUUAUCUUCACUGUACCUGUUCUAGCCUAUCCCCAUCAUCUCUUUUUCUCCUGAUCUGUACUACCAUAUUCUUUUUCUUAAGCUUUCUAGUACCUGGGAUUCCAUGAUUCAUUCCUUCAGACGCUCUCCUGCCAGUAUGCCAAACCCUCCUUCUCUCUUUCUUAUGCCGCUGUCCCAUUGACCCAGGCUGGAUGAAUCUGUCUGUAAAACGACUAGAGAAUGGUGGUCAGUGAGACACUAUACAAUCACUAAAGAGAAGAUACCAUUGAAGUUUGGAUCGAGUGUUACAGGAUACAAGUAGGUAUGUUGUAGAGAAAAAUAAAUAUUAAACUGCAUACUAAAAUUUUAAAAGUUUAACCAUGUUUGAGUUAAAUAGGAAAUACCAAGGUGAAUUUGUGGUUUUAAAAGGAAAUAACUUUUUGAACUGUCACUAAUCCUAAAACAACAUCAGGAAUAAUCUGAUAUCCAUUCUUAGAAACUGGAGCUGUGCUUCAAAUAUUAGUCACGAUUUUAAAAAAUAUAUACCAAAAAACCUCAGGUUCCUUGGAGAAUAGCUGCACACCUUAAAUAACUCCAGGCCCAGAACAUGUUGUUGAUGACAGAAAGCAAAGAUACUUUUUUUUUUAAUCGGGUUUUCAUUUUUUCCAAAAAUUGCACCAAGGUAAAGCAAAGUUCUAGUUGAUGCAAGUGUGUGGUUUAGGCAUUAGCAGUACUGCCCUCACUAUGUGCUCAUUGGACAGGAGCGCAACCCCAAGAAAAGGAUGGUUCAAAGAUACUUUUUAAAUGUACAAAGUAAAGCUGAAAAGGCAAAGGAAUAAAUCUAAAGAGGCUCCCAUUUGACAUGCUUUGACAAUUUGAUUACCGAAAGGAAAAUAAUAUAGUUAGUUGCAACAAAGUGAACUGUUUUAAAUCCAUGCGUCUAUAAUGAUAUUCAAAAUCAUUGGUCACUAUAAAGUGUGCCAAAAGGUAGUUAAUAUAAUAAGGGAAGAAGAGUGAACAUAAUCAGCUAUUUUUAAUUAGUUGUGAUAAGUAGAAGAACAUAAAUAUAGUACGCAUUUUAUCUGUUUGUAAGGUACAUUUGUUUUUCUUUAUCUGUAUAAAUAGGGAGGGGUGAGUACAGAAAACUGUGAGUAAUUCCAAGAUCUGGCACUGUCCCAAGAAUGAAAGAUACUGAUGGGACUAUUUGGGCGUACUUUGCAACUAAGAAAAAAAAAACAGUUCAAUGGUGUGUUAUAAGACAGUGAAUUACUCAAAUGACCAAAAGACAACUGUUCACUGCUCAGGCUUGAUUGUUCAGCUCCUGGAAAAUGGAUCCUCUAUAUUACUCCACUAAUUAUAAUGAGAUAUUAAUUAGGCAAAAUGAUUAAGAGUAGGUUUGGCUGUAACAGUAAAACCCAAAAUAACAAUAGCUUAAACAAAAUAGGAAAUCAUUUCUGUCUUACAUUAAAGAAUCUGCAAAUAAGAGUCCAGGGAUGGACGGCAGCCUUCUGAUCAGUUGAAAGCCCAGUAUCCCGUCUCGCUCUUCUACCAUCCUUAGCUUGCCACCUCAUGACCCAAGAUGGCUCCCUGAGCUCCAGCCAUUACGUCAGCUUAAUAGCCCCCAGGAAGGAGGAAGGAAGAAAUAGCACAUCUCUUUCCUUGAAAGAAGCUUUCUGAAAGGUGCACCCAAUAUUUCUGAUUGUCUCAUUGGGUAGAAUUUAGGCACCUGGGCUCACCAAGCCAGGGAGAGAGGCUAGGAGCUAUAGUGUUUAUUUCAGGCAGCCAUGUCCAGCUAGAAGUUGGGAAUUGUAUAAUAAAGAAGAAGGGGAGAUUGGCUACUGGGGAAGACAACUAGAAGUUGUUUUUUGUUGUUGUUGUUUUUUGAGACAGAGUCAUGCUCUGUCGACCAGGCCAGAGUGCAGUGGCAUGAGGUCGGCUCACUGAAACCUCAGCCUCCAAGUUCAAGCAAUUCUCAUGCCUCGGCCUCCUGGGAUUACCCACACCCAGAUAAUUUUUUGUAUUUUUAGUAAAGACAGGGUUUUGCCAUGUUGUCCAGGCUGGUCUCAAACUCCUGGCCUCAAGUGAUCCACCCGCCUCAGCCUGCCAAAAUUCUGGGAUUAUAGGUGUGAGCUACCACAUCCAGCCACAAAUUACUACAAACUUGGUGGCUUAAAACAACUCUUUAUUAUCUUAUAGUUUCUGUAGAUCAGAAGUCCAACCAAACAUGACUGGAUUCUCUGCUCAGGGUUUCACAAGGUCAAAAGCAAAGUAUAAGCAGGUCGGCCUUCCUUACUAGAGGGGAACAAUCCACUUCCAAACUCAUUUAGAAUUCAGUUCCUUAUGGUUGUAGGACUUAGGUCCUAGCCUCUCCAUUCUCUAGCCAACAAUGGCAAGCUAAGUCCUUCUCACACUUUGAAUCUCUCAGGCCUAGCUUUCUACCACAACUCUCUGACUUCAUCGGAGAAAGUGUUCUGAGUUUAAGGAUUCGUGUGAUUAGAUUGGGCCCACCCAGAUAAUUCAGGGAUAAUCUCCCUGUUUUAAGGUCCACAACCUGAAUUGCAUAUUCACAGUUCAUUUUGCCAUGUAACAUAACAUAUUCACAGGUUCCAGGGAUUAAGGCAUGGACAUCUUCCGGACAUCUGCGUAUCAUAGUCACUAAACUUAAAGGUGGCAUCAUGGACAGAAAAGGCAUCCAGCUACAAUACCACUGCAUGGAAAACGUAUGGGCUUGAAACUUUCCCAUGAUACAUACAAGAUGAAUACCAGCUCAGAUUUUAAUCAUUUUAGAAGCUGAAUCAAUUCCCAGGUCCCAACCAGAAGUUCACUGAUUAAUAAUCUGAAACUUGAUCUGCACUGAGAUAUAUUUUUAUUUUAGAUAUCUAAAUUCAAAAAUUGGCCUGAGCUGAGAUAGCAUCUAUCUCUCAGGUCUACAAGCCCAUUUUUAUAAUAGAUUUAAGUGUAGGUGUCAUGAACUUCAGAAUCCUUAUAAUGGUAUGUGUGCUUUACCAAAAUGAAGCUUUUAGAGAAACUGACUUACUAGUGACUCAAUUGAAAUAUUUAGGAGGAUUUGAUUGCUUUUAAUCAAUGUUUAAAUAAUUUGACUUGUUAAAUGUAUAGAUUUUGAUUUGCUGAUCAUAGAAAUUGUGUUUAAAUGUUUAGACAAUUUUUGCUUCAGUAGGUUUGUGAACAGAUUAAACAAUAAGUAAAGCACAGGUGGUGGUGAGUGUUCCUCUCCAGGUACCAAAAGCUCCUCAGACUUUAAGAAUCCCAAGAACAGACUCCAACUGUUCACCUUCCCUAUGCCCAUACCCUGGCAGCUGAUUACUACAGAGAAGUCCCAAUGAUGCAGGAUUCAAGGUGGAUCUAAAUCCUUGGCCUCCAGCCACAUCUGGUCCUCAAUCCUGCAAUCCUCAAUCCUCUAACUCUUUAAUGGUUUCCUUUGCCAGCUGCCCCUCAUCUUCCCCGGAAUCCACUGCUGCCUUCUGUUCACUCCUUAAAUCUUUUGCCCCACCAGUUCUGCCCCCAUGGCCCAUAGUCAGCAGCAGACAGCCUCACCUUCGACCUCACUGAGAACACACAAACUCCAGGCAGGACCCUGCCCACCACCACACUUGCAACCUCACCUUCCUCCCCAUCUCUGCUUCCUCCUCUCUGUCUCGGUGGGGGUCGAGUCUCUGUGCCUGUCAAAGCUGCUAUCUUCUUCCACCAGUCUUGGAUCCAAUUUCCUCCAGACAUCUUCUUAUCUGUCACUCUCCUUUCUACUCACUCCUUCCCUUCAGCAGCUCUUGAAGUUUAGGCGCUCAAGUCUCUUAAAUCUAAAAGAGAAGAGAAGCAUGGAAGUAGUUGCAGAUAUAGAUAUAGUUAUCCUCAGCCCUAUCUACUCCUGCAGCUAGUGUCAGCUCAUCUCCUCUUUAAAGCAGAGUAUCAUAGUACAAAUGUCUACACUCUCCAGUUGCACACCUCUUAAUCACUGGUGAACUAUGGCCUCGGUUGCCCCACCUGAACUGCCCUCAGCCAUGGCUCAGAACUUCCGUGUUACUGAAGCUGGUGAACACUUCCUAGUCCUCCUGCCACUCAGACUCUCCCUAACAUUUGCCCCUGUUGAUCACGCCCUCCUUCCAGAAGCACUCUCUGCCCUGACUUCCCAACUGUGCGAUCCCUGGCUUUUCCUCCACCUCUCUGCCUGUGCCCUGCAUCUCUUAAGUGUUGGUUUUCAUCAGGGUUCUGCCCUACCUUCUUUGGUCCUAACACACUCGAAAAGGCACAAAUGACUGUCCACAUGCUGUCAAUGUCAUCUCUAUCCAGGAUCCUCCUUUCUAAAACUCAGACUCAUACACUGAAUAUUCCACUUUCAAGUCUACAUGCUAAAACCUGAAGUUAGUCUUUCCUCCCUAAAUCCGUUCUCCCGCCCUUGUUCUCUGUAUCUGUAAAUGGAACUCCCCUUUGCCCAAACCAAAAACAGCCAUUAUUCUUAAUUCUUCCCUCUCCCAUAACCCUCAUAUCUACUCAUUCACAUCCAUCGGUUCUAUUCGUUUCUUUCCAUCUACCCUGGCUCAAACUAACAAUCUUUUAGCUAGAUUUCUAUGAAAGCCUCCUAACUGGUUCUGUGGUCUCCAGUUUUUCCCUUCAAUUCUUCAGACUGUGGUUGCCUUAGUGACCUGUGUAAAUAAACUUCACUGCCUAAGGCCCUUUGGGGGCUCCAGGUGGGCCUCAGAAUGAAA